AUGGCUAGCUCAAAUUCGAUUACUGAGCCCUCUCCUAAGUUCCAGCUGCCUACUAGACGCUCAAUCAUGGCAGAAGCAAAGGCAGCAAGUCCUGCCCCAGAAUGGUUGUCUACCCGUAAUGCUGCCCUGUCUAAUUUCCAGAAGAUUGUUGCAGAGUUGAUGGGUACGUACAUUCUUGUAUUUGUGGGCUGUGGAGCUGCUCUCACUGACAAAGUUCAAAGACUAAAUAUGUUAGGAAUAGCAAUUGUGUGGGGCGCAGUUCUGAUGGCAGCUAUUUAUGCUCUUGGUCAUGUCUCCGGUGCACAUUUUAAUCCUGCAGUUAGCAUUGCCUUGGCUGUUGUCCGCAAAUUUUAUUGGAAAGAAGUACCGAUGUACAUUUUGGCUCAGGUCCUCGGAUCAACACUUGCAAGUCUAACUCUUAGGCUGCUGUUCCACGAGCAAGGAAAUAUUCAACCUAUAGUGAAUCAGUACUCAGAUCCAACUAGUGAUCUUGAAGCAAUUGUGUGGGAAUUUAUAAUUACAUUUAUCUUGAUGUUCACCAUUUGCGGCGUCGCUUCCGAUCCUCGUGCGAGCAAAGACCUUUCUGGAGUUGCAAUAGGAGGUGCGGUAAUGUUCAACGCCAUGAUUGCUGGGCCAAUCACUGGAGCUUCGAUGAACCCUGCAAGAAGUUUAGGCCCUGCUCUUGUCUCUGGUGUUUACAAGAAUCUCUGGGUCUAUAUUGUAUCCCCAAUUCUCGGAGCAAUGGCUGCGGCCGCAGUGUACUCUGUACUUCGGGUACCCGAGCCUACUAAACCAGAGGAUACAAAUAAAUCCACAUACAAUAAUCUUAACUUGCAUGCUGAUCCAUAG